UCAAUUCAACGCUGGGAUUCAUAACGGGUCUCUCUCUUUCUCUCAAAUCCAAUCAUUUCCUCAAAGACAAAACAAAAAAAAUCACACUCACAACACAAACACCACCACCAAUCCCCAAUCUCUAACUUUUCCCGAGAAAAUUUCCAUUUUCUCCCUCAGAUUCCCGCAAAAUUUUACAACGCCUCUUUUGCCUCCGCCAAUUCAAUUUCUCGUCGUUUUCUCCAAUUCCAAUGCGUCGAUUUCGGGCUGGAGAAUGAGUUGUCCCAACUCUUACCUCAUUAUCAGUUUCCUUAGAUCUCUCUUAAAACCCUCCACAAUCUCCGCGUGCGACAUCUCUUGUCCAAUUUUAAGUCUCGCUUAGUUCGUAAUAUAACUAUGUACCACGCAAAGAAGUUUUCAUCGCCUGGCAUGGUGCCCUAUAAAUCUCAAGGUGGUGCUGAACAACUUGCAAAUGUUGAGGUUUUGGGUGGAUCUGCUGCAAAAAAUGCCACACCUGCUGGAGGAAGUGGGAAGCAGCGUUUAAGGUGGACAUCCGAUCUUCAUGACCGUUUUGUGGAUGCCAUUACACAACUUGGUGGACCAGAUAGUGGGAGCAACCCCAAAAGGUGUCCUUAGAGUGAUGGGUGUUCCUGGACUGACCAUUUAUCAUGUUAAAAGCCAUUUACAGAAAUAUCGUCUUGCAAAGUAUUUACCUGAAUCACCAGCUGAUGGUAAAGACUCUAAAGAUGAGAAGAGGAAUUCUGGAGACAGCUUUUCUGGCGCAGAUUCUUCCCCGGGAAUGCCAAUCAAUGAUGCCUUAAGAAUGCAGAUGGAGGUUCAGAAACGUCUGCAUGAGCAGCUUGAGGUUCAAAAGCAAUUACAAAUGAGAAUUGAAGCACAGGGUAAAUACUUACAAAAGAUCAUAGAGGAACAGCAGAAAUUAGGUAAUACUUUAACAACCUCCGAAACACUUCCUUCAUCGCAUGAUAAGCAAACUCAUCCACACUCGGAGGCUUCUGGAUCUAGUGAUGCCCUUGCAAGCACUUUGUCUCCUCGUAAAAAACAGAGAAUCGAUGAUGGUUCCAAGGAUGGCUUCACUGCUUCCCAUGUAAGAAAGACUGAACAAAAGAAUGAGUGCAAUGUUGGUCAGUUGGAUCCAAAUUUGUAUGAUGAUGCUGGGUUUGGAUUUGAUUUGGAGACAAACAAACAUAAGGAGAGUGGACAGUAAGAACUAGGUUCCUUUUGUAGGUUAUGUGUGUCUUCAUUGUAAUGUGUAGUGUAUUUUUCUGGUAGAAAAUACAAAUCAUGCUUUGUGUAUAUAUAUAUUUCCAUGCAAUCCAUUUGUACAUAUUAAUGUAGAUAUAGAUGCAUUCUUCUCCUGUUGUGAGAGUCAUAAAGAAUGCACUCUCCACCCAACAGAAAUGCUGUGUGAUCAUGGAUGAUGAAUGUUGGGUGCAGGAUACUUGUCAAUGUUCAGGUUGCUAUGGUCCAAGUCAUGAUCAAAUAGCUGGAGAUGACAUUGUUUGAUCCUUUUAGCCGACCUAAUUAUGGGAGAUAGCACUUGGUUCUUAUUGAUGGAAAUAGUAAUGACAAGCUUCCCUUUAUAUAA